AAAAAUUUAAAUAAUAAAGAAUAAAAUAUUAAUAAAAAAAAUGAAAAAAAAAAAAAUAUCUAACGCUCUCUCGCUCUCUCUCUCUCUCUUUCUCUCUCUGACACUCUCAUAUCACAUAAAGCUCAAAUUGCCCACUUUCCAUGGUCCUUUACCGAAACGAAAAUGGACGGCUUUGAUCGACUUCCAGACUCGUUGAUCCUCCAGAUCUUCAACUCAGUCUCAGAUAUCAAAACCUUAAUUCGAUGCCGAGCCGUGUGCAAGCGAUUCAACUCGCUGGUGCCUCAGUCGGAAUCGCUACUCCUGAAGGUGGACUGCGUCAUCUCCUCCGAGUCAAGCGACGACGAUUCCUUCCUGGUGGCUUUCAUCAAAUCCGUAAUCAAAUCCCUACACGACCUCGUCUCCCCGAAACCCCUUCCGUCGCUCCCAAGCCCUUCCCAGAACUCCCCGGCUCAGAUCCUCCACGGCUUCGACAAAGUCCGUAACCUCGAGAUCGAAUUGCCCUCCGGCGACCUCAAAUUGGAGAAAGGCGCCGUCGUCAAAUGGAGAGCGGAGUUCGGCAAAACCUUGCGGAGCUGCGUGAUUCUCGGAUUCCGCCGGAUCAGGGAUUCCGGUGAGGGUGGAGUAGGAGGAGAAGUGGAUUUGGCGGGAGGGUUGAAGAUGAGGGUGGUGUGGACGAUAAGCGCACUGAUUGCGGCAUCGGCGAGGCACUAUUUGUUAAAGGAAGUGGUGAGGGAACAGAGAGGGCUGGAGAGGUUGGUUCUGAGGGAUAGAGAAGGAGAAGGGACGCUGGUAAUGACGGAGUCAGGGUUGAAAGAGUGGUGGGGGAGAAAUGGGGAGGAAGAGGAGGAGGAAGAAGAAGAGGAGGAGGAGGAAGAAGAAGGGUGGGAGAGGAACAGGACGAGAGUGCCGAGUGUGAGAAUGAGGAUGAGGCACGAGCCCAGAGUGGAGCUGAGCGGUGGGGUUUGGGCGGAGGGUGCGACGCUGGUGGUGGUGAGGCCGAGCAGUGCACACGGUGAGGUGGAGGAGGAAGUGAGAGAAGACGGUGAAAUGGCGAGGGAAGCAUUCGGAGGAGGAGUGUGUGGAGAGGCAGUGCAGGCUUUGCUAAAGGGCUGGAGUUAUGUACUGGAAAUGAACUCUUUCUAGUUGCUGUGCUACUGCUUCUCUGCUUGCUAUUUAUGGUAAUUGUAAUGUUUGGUCGCUUUUUUUUUUUUUUUUUUUGGCUUUCUUUUUUGUUCUCUGUAAAUUUGAUAUUAACUGCAGAUUGGUUAGGGAACUUUUUUUUAUUUUCUUUUUUCAGUAAAAUUUUAUGUUGUUUCUUUUUGAUUCAACAACGAAAAAGAAUUCAAAGCCUAUGUUCUCGGUUUCUGUU